AUGGACCCGGCGGCGGCGCCGGAGGCUCCAGAGGUUCCAGAGGAGGACGGUGGCAAGAAGGACGAUGAGAGCGACUACGGGGAUGACGAUGGGCUGUCUUGGUCUGGGCCAUGGAAUGCCGCCUCGGAGGCGUAUGCAUCUGCUGCCGUUGAUGCAGAUGCAGAGGCAGCACCAGAUGCGCAGGAACAGCCAGAGGACUCAGUCGUGACUGACCCCUACGCGGUGGCAGAGUCCGAUCCGUACGAGAUGUUCUCCGAAGAUGAGGUUGAGGCUCCGGACCUCACGACCUCAGAGCCCAAAGCAGCGGCUCCAGAAGAUGCACAGAAGCGGCCGGCAGAGCUGUCCAAGCCCUCACCGAAGCCCUCAGCGGCGCCUGACCUCAAAGGCAGCAAAGGCAGCCAGGAAGGGCCACUUGGCAGACCGGCCAAAGCUCAGAGGACGGAGGCCCCCGCUGCCGAGCCCCAAUUGACUCAGCCAGCUCCGUUGCCUUUGAAGCAGCUGGCCGAAGUCCUGCAAGUUCCGCCUGCUUCCGAGGCCGAGCUACCAGUCUGGACACCCAGCUGGCUACAGGAGACCUCCGAAGGAGAGGCAGCUCUGACGGACCACCUCGCGCAGGUGCCAGAACGUGAGCUCGUCGACAAGGACAUCCUCGACGAGGUGUUGUCUUGGGACGAGCGCUGCGUUAUCGUGCGGCAGGGGCAGGUGCACAUCGAGUUGCAGCGCCGCAAGCCGCCCAUGGACAAUGCUGCCCUGCUUCGUUUCUGCGACUGGCUGGAUGAGCAGAUGCCCCUGGUGGUCUCCCACUUCCCGUACGUCAAAAAGAGCGGCGCAUACGUCGACCUUUCUGACAAUGAGAUUGGCACGGAUGGUCUCGACAAGCUCUUUCAGGUGCUACGGGGCCAUCGUGUACCUUGUGUCGUCUUGAAAGCCUACCGAAACUCCGUGGAUGAUUCCUUCGUGGACACUCUGGUCGAGUAUCUGUACACCCAACCCGAGGCCUUUCCGAUGCAUGGUAUCCACAUCUCCCACAACAACAUCUCUGACAAGGGGGCCUUUCGCUUGAUCCGAGCUGCAGCUCAGUGUGGGCAUUAUCCACGCCUUACCACACGCCUGCCGCUUUGGCUGCGACUGGAGGUGAAUGCUCUGAUCAAUCCGCAGAAGGUGAUCUCUGACGCGAAUGAUGAGGGCUUCACUGUGUGCCUCAUGCAGGAUGGACUGUGCAGCCGCGAGAAAUGUGACCACUACUCGGGCGUUCACGUGCAGUUGCCAUAUUUCCUGAAUCAGCCUGCCAAGGCUUUUAGCAUGUUGCCCUCCAUUGCCCUCCGCUGCUGGGUAGCAGAGUUUCUGAUGCCUGCAGGGCUUCGCCAAUGUGGAGCAGUUCGGCGCGAGUCAGAGGCGGCAGACUUGGGCGGCACCCUACAGCUCCAGCCAGGGCACCCUGGCUCCCAAGGCUUCAUCUCCGGCUGGACCUCCCGAUGGGACGUCUGGCUCGUCCUUUCUGGGAGUGAAGGUAAAGGCAACUUCACUUCAUCACGUCUGGCGGACUCUUCUGCUGCCUGGUCUGUCGCAGAUGAGGGUGCCCUGGUUGCAGAAAAAGUGCUCAAAGCCUGCCUCAACUUGGAUGAUGGAGCGCUGAGCUGGGUGAUGAGCCAAAUACUGGCAAAGAAGGGCCCCCUAGUUCAGGACCAGGUGAUGGGCCACGAGGAUGAAGUGCCCACGGAGUCCAGGCAUCAGAGCCAUGGAGGAGCUGCCGCCACAAAAGGCGCCUUCGCCUGGGCGCAAGACUCGGAGGAGAAGCUUGCUAGCGCAAAUGGGCAAAGGGCAGCCUGGGAUGGCAACAGCUUCAACCACUAUGGCACCUGGGCGAAGAUAUCGGAUGUGCUGCGCCCGGUUGUGGACAGCUUCUCUUUCCAGACGUUCAUUGUGUUCUGGGUCGUCGUCGCUCUAUUUGGUGGUGAUCUCGCGACAGUCACGGAAUUGCCGGACGAGCCGGGCCUCUUUCUGCUCGACCUCAUGAUGUCCAUAGCGACAGUUGUUUUCUGCAUUGAAAUGGCCUUGAAUUGCCUGGCGCGCAUGCAUAUCUAUCCGUUAUCGUUCUUUUUUGCGAUGGACUUUAUUGGAACUCUAUCCAUGGCCUUUGAGAUCUCCUUUCUACUUGGCAACCAGGCACAGAUGCAAGAGACGCAAGAUGGUUUCGAUGCUGUCCUGAUGCGUACAGCCCGAGCAGCGAAGAUUGGGGCACGCAUUGGCCGGCUAUCGAAGCUCAUGAAAUAUGUGUCUUACCGUGUUACCAGACAUCACGGUGUUCUGUCCACAGACAAACCUGCCGAAGCCAAAGUCUUGUCAACGAAGCUGAUGCUCACACUGUCGACCACAGUGUCGAUGCUGACCAUUGUUCUCGUGUUUACGCUGCCACUCUUCUCCAUCGGCCAGUACCCGCAGCAGGAUCUCUCAAUGAAGACUUGGGUGGAAGAACUCGAGUACACUUUCAGUGAAACGGUGGCCAUGCAGCUCGGUGGCCUCAACAGUUCGAGUUUGUUUCAGGAAAAGGUGGAGAAGCUGGUCAACUUCUACAGCACCCAGAGCUACAAACCAUUCCGACUGGAGGGGUUUGGCGAGGAGGUCAUGCUCGAGAACUUAACAAUGACUGUUCUGGGGGCAUCCCUCGUGACCGGGACAGUUCCAGCACGGAUCUCGAGCAUCUUCAGGGUCUCUGUAGAUAGGUGCAUGGUGCAGCGUGCCGCUUGCCAAACAGACUCGCUGCCAUCGAUCUUCUUUGACUUCAGAAGCCCGGAGCAGGUUGAGUCGGCUGAAGACAUCGGCCUGAUGGUCUUUGUAAUCGGCUUGAUGCUGGUUGUGUCCCUGAUUCUCAGCCACACGCUGGAUCGACUGCUUGUGCAACCCAUGGACCGUAUGCUGUACAUGGUAAAAAGCAUGGCUGCAGACCUCCUGAACCAGUUCGGUUUGGAUGACAACCUGGAGGAAGAAGGGGAAAUGGCAGAGACAGCAUUGAUCGAGGAGAUCUUCAAGAAGUUCGCACGCCUCGCAAACCUGGCCGCAGUGCGCAACGUGCUCACCGAGGAGCACCUGGCAGGCAUGGACACUGAUGCCAGAGCCGUCCUUGUCGACGUGAUGCACCUGCAGGUCCACAAUUCCAUGCACAACGUGUCGGCAGUGGCAAACAUGUCUGAGCCGUCUUUUGCCAAACUACCGGUCAGCGAGACCGUCUUUUCCUCUUUUGAGCUCGACGUGCUGGAGCUGCCCGUGGAGCAGAAUCAACAGGUGGUCGUACACAUGCUGUUUGACUCUUUGAUUGGCAGAGUGACUGGCCGAAUGCUUGCUCAUCCCGACACGUUCAACAAGUUUCACUCUGUUGUGUAUUCCAAUUACAACAGCUUACCGUACCACAACUACUUCCACGCAGUUGAUGUGACCUACACCGUCCACAGGAUAAUGGAUAUCACGCGGACAGACACGUGGCUUUCAAACGUUGAGCAGUACGCGCUCCUUCUUGCCGCGCUCUGCCACGAUGUGGGCCACCAGGGAAAGACUAAUCCGUUCCUUGUGGAGAUGCAACACCCCCUUGCGCGUGUUUAUAAUGACAAGUCUCCCCUGGAGAACAUGCACGCCGCCAAGCUCUUUGAAAUAGCAGCCAACGAGGACACGGACGUCUUCAACCGGCUGGACAAAGAUGCGCGGAAGACUGCGCGCAAAGUGUGCAUAUCAACCAUCCUUCAUACAGACAAUGCUGAGCAUUUUGAGAUGGUGAGGGAAGUUAGCAAGAUCUACGAGCUUACUUCAGACCUGUGCGACGGACAGGCAGCCCAGAUUGACGAGCUGGACAUGAAUUAUGUGGAGCAGGUUCUGUCAAAGAACUCCAUGUUCUUCAUGGAGAUGUUCUUACACUUUGCAGAUGUGUCAAACCCACUGAAGCCCUUCAAGAUAUGCCAUGCCUGGGCAUGGCGCGUCCUUGAAGAGUUCUUCAAUCAGGGCGACACUGAAAAAGAGCUCGGCUUGCCAGUAGGGAUGUUGAACGAUCGGGAUAAGAUCAAUCGUCCUGGCUCUCAACAUGGCUUCAUCAACUUCAUGGUCGCCCCAUUUGUCCUGAACGCCGUAAAGGUGUUUCCGGGCCUCCAUCCAGUGUACACUCAAAUGGGUGAGAACUUGGAGCAAUGGCGGCACAUGUGGGUAGCAGAGGUGAAGCCGAGCGAGGAGGCAGAUGCGAGCGCGUGGCCUCUCUUGGAGCUCGGUCACAGCGCGGGCGAGUCAACAGCUGCUCCUCCCGCUCCCAGUCCAGAGCUGGCAGGCCAGCACGGGAAUGGCUACGAAUCGCAGCAGGAGUGGUGGCCUCGUGGACGUGGACGUGGAGGUUGGAAUGGCGGGAAAGGUGGAGGACGAUGGGCCGGAGGUUGUGGAGGAGGCAGAGGUCGCAUGUGGCAGGGCAAGACGCUCGUCUCGAAGGUCCGGAAGGACGUGAAGCUGCCUGAGGGCCAAGGCGACUUGGGAUUCCAAUGGAGGCACGUUGGAGAUGGCAAUGCACCGCGCCUUACAUCUGUGGCCCGGUCCUCCAUCGUCGGUUCAGUUGCCAAGGCUGGCGACUGCUUGCUGCGAGUCAAUGGCCUGGACAUGGCCAUGAUGACAGAGAGGCAGAUAACGGAUCUCCUGAAGCAGCGGCCUUUGGAGCUGCGCUUUGGAGAUGAAUAG